AUGGAAAAAUUAAAUACAACAUUAAAUGCUGUCAAAUCGCUACGUUCCAGUGUACGCCAGUGUUUUGAACAGCUGGCUGAUGGCACCGCCGCCGAACAAACUGAAGAUAGCCGGACAAAAUUUCUAUUGGAGUUUCAAGAGAAUUAUAGUCAUAUUAAUCAACAAUUAAGAGAAGUGGAAACCUUAAUAAAUGGCUUGCAGACACCUUUGGGUCCCUACUAUUUGGGUAAUACAACAUAUUUGGCACAAGAGAUUACCCAGGACCGCCAGGCUAUGUAUUCGCAGCUAGUUAGCAGCUAUAAAUGGAUUGAUAAAGUGCAUGAGCACAGUUUGUUGGCCUUUAACAACUUAAAUUUGAAUAAUUUGCGUAGAUCGUACACAUAUUGCUCACAGAAGAGGGGAAGAGUACAAUAUACUUCGUGCAAUAAUCCCGAUCCCGAAUUCAUCGAUAAUCUCUUUUAUAAUGAUAUUUCCCAUACGAAUACAAUUUAUAAAGUUUGCCGACCCUUCAGUUCCAAUGCUGUGGUGAUUGCAACCAUAAGUCAUGUCUUGAAGGCGGCAAUAAUUUGCAAAGGUGUUCUCAUUGAAUGGGUGACCGUCAAGGGGUACGAUGAACCCAUGGAAAUCGAUGAUCUAUGGACCGAGUCACGCUAUGAAGUCUUUCGCAAAGUUCAAGAGCAUACCCACUCGGCAAUGUUGCACUUCUUUUCGCCCACACAACCGGAAUUGGCUGUCAAGAGUUAUAUGACUUGGUUAAAUAGUUAUAGUAAAUUAUUUUUGGAGCCCUGUAAAAGAUGUGCGAAAUAUGUUUCAAAUGGUUUACCGCCCACCUGGCGGGAUUUGCGUACGUUGGAACCCUUCCAUGAGGAAUGUAAAAAUUGCUAAAAUAAAAAU